AUUACAGGGUAUAGCUUAUCAAUCAUGGGUACCAACUCAUGUGAUAUUUGACACCGUCACAUAGAGCAACACUCUAAAAUAAUGGAAAAAAUAACCUUUUAAAAAAAAAAAAAAAAAUUAUUGCUAAUGAAAUCGUAUACUAUGCUGAUAUACCUAGUAAAAUCGAAACUGAACCCUGGUUUCUCGUUAGUGAUCUUUAAUUUGUUGAACUAUAUACUGUUGAGUUGGCCACGAUAUUUUAGACUGGCUUUGAACCUUUCGUAAUACAAAGAACACACAAGCAUGCAAACCCUAGCCUAGUUCUUUCUAUAUAUAUGUGUGUGAAUAAGAGAUUUAGUUCAGACAAGUCAAAGAAAAACGCAGCGAAAAUGAGAGAAGAAGAAGAAAAGAAGCUUCACAUUGCUAUGUACCCAUGGUUCGCCAUGGGACACCUCACCUCAUUCCUCCACAUCUCCAACAAGUUAGCCGAGAGAGGCCACAGAAUCUCCUUCUACAUACCAACCAAAACGCAGUCCAAACUAGUGUCGUUCAACCUCCACCCACACCUCAUCUCCUUCGUCCCCAUCCACGUCCCUCACGUCGACGGCCUCCCACCCGGUGCCGAAACCACCGCCGACGUUCCUUACCAUCUCAUCUCGUUUCUCAUGACCGCCAUGGAUCUCACUCGUCCCCAACUCGAAGCUUCUCUUCAAAACCUUAAACCCCAAAUCAUCUUCUUCGAUUUCACCCACUGGCUACCUGAAGCCGCACGUCGUUUUGGGAUCAAAUCCCUCCAUUACUGCACCGUCAGCCCGGCAACGCACGGCUACCUGAUCAGUCCCGACAGAAGAUUGGACGAGUUUCCCUUAACCGAAGCCGAUUUGAUGCAGCCUCUACCUGGUUUCCCAUCAUCGUGCAUUAAGCUUCGAGCUCACGAAGCUCGUCGCCUGGCUAAAGCAACGGUAAUGGAAUUCGGGAACGGCAUCACAUUCACUAAACGACAGAAAAUCGGGUUAGACGACAGCGACGCCAUCGUUUUCAAAACCUCCAGAGAGAUGGAGGGAGUCUACGCCGAUUACGUGGCCGAGAAGUGGGGGAAAGCUGUCAUCCUGGCUGGCCCGGUGGUUCCGGAACGACCGAAGUCGGUGUUGGAAGGCGAAACGGCGGCGUUUCUUUCGAGAUUCGAGAAGGGAAGUGUGGUGUACUGCGCAUUUGGAAGCGAAUGUGUCUUGGUAAAGGAGCAGUUCCAACAACUCGUUCUGGGCCUUGAGUUAACCGGUCGACCGUUCCUAGUGGCGCUGAAACCCCCAGCUGGGUCCGAAACAGUGGAGUCAGCUUUGCCAGAUGGGUUCAAGAAGAGAGUUGGGAGUAGGGGGCUGGUCCAUGGGGGUUGGGUGCAGCAGCAGCUGAUACUGAGCCAUGGUUCGGUUGGGUGCUUUGUGACUCACUGUGGUUGUGGGUCUUUGCUUGAGGGCAUGGUGAAUGAGUGUCAAUUGGUUUUGGUCCCAAACGUUGGAGAUCAGUUUAUCAAUGCUAGGAUUAUGAGUGAUGAUCUCAAAGUUGGAGUCGAGGUUGAGAAAGGAGAUGAAGAUGGGUUCUUUACGAAAGAAGGUGUUUGUAGGGCUGUUGAGGCUGUAAUGGUGAAGGAGAGCCAUGUGGGGAAGGAAGUGAGGGCUAAUCAUAAGAAAUGGAGAGAUUUUCUGUUGAGCAAAGGGCUUGAGGACUCUUAUAUUGAUGACUUUAUCAAAAAAUUACAUGCUCUCAUCACUGCUACCUAGUCCUGAACAAGUAUUCAAAUACCAGUUUUGUCUUUUCUAUUCUAUGUUUUCUUUCUUACGAUUAGGGUGGUCUGAUCUAAAUUAUGCCUUGUCUUUGAGACCUUAUUAUUAUUAGUUAGUAAAAUAUUGACUUUUUCCGGUUUCAUCAUUUAUUCAUUUUUGUUCAUGCCAUUAUUAACUGUUUAAUUCAAUGAUUCUCUUCUAGUUCUUAA